AUGCCUUUUCCUUUUGUGCUUUCCACAACCUCCCUCGUCUCCUUUCAAGCCAGCCUUAUCUCUUCCACCCACCCAUCCCUUCCAUCUGCGGCCACAUCUCAACGCGCCGUGCUCCGGGCGGCAUUGAAGGUUCACAAGAGGCUGUCGCCAGCAGACCAGGCCACCAAUCUAUUGUCUCUGGCUUCCACGGCCCAAAGCUAUCUACGCUACCUCGUCACGCUGGACGUGGCACUGUCUGGCAAACCUGUGGCUGGCGAGGAUGUUGACAUUGCACUUGCGAAGGAGCCUGAGUUCGAAUGGCGGCCAACCCUAGGCUCCACCGCCAUCCCAGGUCGGGAGAACGAGCGCGUCAAGGGCAAGGGGCUUGACUACGAGCUCUUCUUUGUGCAUCAUACGCUAGCGCUCAUUCAUAAUCUUCUAGCCAGACAAUCUCUCCUUGGGCUAUACGCUUCAGUCAACCCAACACCAGACCAACGACUAGCACUGAUUCAAAAUGCCUCGAAGUGCCUUACCACGGCACAUGCGAUUCAUUCCUACCUUCUGCUGAGGGCAAACUCUUCCAGUGACGGACCUCCCACCUUCCCACCCGCAGCGAUUGAUGUGUCGACGAGUGUACAGUCGGCUUUGCAGCACUUGAACCAUGCAGAAUACAAUUUGCUCUGUGUACUGAAGGAAGACCCGUAUCCUGCAAUGCUCGUUCAGUCACGGAAUAAGGACGACAAAGAGUGGAUGAUCAGAGCUCCUCGGAUCGAGAAGGUUCGGGGCCAAGUCCUGACUAGACUCUGCAUCGGGGCAGCGCAGCAUGCUUCUGCUGCUACUGUGGCACUGCAGCUCGAGACCACAAAGGCGUCGAAAGAGCUGCUGGAGUACUGUGAUGGCAUCCAAAGAGCGUCACGAGCAAAAGCUUGCAGAUUCCAGGCCCUAGAGGAGGACACCCAUGCAGGCCAAAUAGGAAAAGCAAUCGCGUGGCUGAGGGCAGCCAUGAAUGAGCUAGGGUUUGAAGUAGGGAAAGAUGGCUCAAAAUCUUCCGGUUUCGGCAAGCUAAAGGCGUCUUGGAUUGAACGUAGAGAAGAUAAACGGAUCGAAAAGGGUAGCCCAACGUGGGGAUUGGACGGGGGCAAGCUCGAGGAAGGCCGGAUCGUUGAAUAUCUGGAUCAAAAGUUCAACAAACAGAACGACACCAUCAACGUUCAGCUGAUACCAGAGUGGAGGCCGCUGCUGGCAAUGUUGCCUAGUGGGAUGAACAUGGGAAUGGGCGAAAAAUGGAAGCCAGAAGCAUUGGAGGAGGAUGAAUUGGCAGCAAUGAGAGCUCCGCCUGAAGUCGACGAACUGGCCGCCGCAAACAGCUCGGAUGAGGGCGAGGAGAGCAUGGCGGUGCCUGCAGGAGCUUUCCCUAGUACGCAGCGAGAUUAUGGCAGUAGGACGACUUAUUAUUGA